AUGAUAGGAAAGACCAACUUCGGUGUACGCCCUGUAUUCACGAGCAUCGACAAAGUUAACAUGUUAGUUGAUAAAGCUGAAGGUGUGAAUAGAGUACCUUCAUUGUACUGUCGUAAACAAGCUCCGGAUUUACCAACUUGGCUUAUGUUUGAUAAGAACAUUCUACAUUUUCAAGCGUACUUCCAACAAACUUUGCAUGAGAAUCGUUCGGCGGCUUCUGUUUUACGCAAAGUCGAAAUCUUCUUCUUCCUUGAAGAUGGUACCUUAAAAGUCGUAGAACCAAAGACUGAUAACAGUGGAAUGUCACAAGGUAUAUCAUCUUAUUCUACGAUACUUAUAUCAGCUAGUUUUAAAUAA